UUACACAGGAUUUCUGAUCUUACGUGUCACUUUUUUUUGCGCUGCAUGUAUUAGCAGCCUAUUAGUGUGGUAACUGCUUGACGACAAGGUUGAUGAAAGUCAACCACACAGGAACAUCCUCCUGUAAGAGACAUAAAUACACAGACAGCGGUUUACAUCCCUCCAUUCCUGCGUCCAACACUUUAUGAAUGAAAUCCUUUAAUACGGCUGACUGAUUUCCUUUAACAGAAAAAAGGAGGAAGGUGAAAAGAGGAAGUGGCAAAUUUCCUGAAUCUCGAAACUUUCCUCUGUGGGGGGUCACGCAGCUAUCUUCCUCGUUCUUAAUUCAACCACCAAACCCACAACUGUUUUUAAUAGCAUCAUCUAAAAUUAUUUUUACCGUCUUCCCAAAAUUUGAUUCAUCUGUUUCGAAUAGACAAAAGUUAAUAACACAAAUUUCAUUUGCCAAAAUGCAAACAGAGCAAAAUGAAAACUUCACCACCGCAGUUUUAAACUUGACGACCCCGAGCCCCGGUGGUGGUGGAGGCGGCGGCGGCGGCUGCCCACCGGUUGGUAUUCAACUGGAGGGCGUGAUCCUGCCCCCAGUCCUCACCAUUGACGUCAUACUGGGGCUACUGGGAAACCUAGUUGCCCUGUGGAUCUUCUGCUUUAAGCUGAAGGCCUGGAACCCCAACAACCUGUUCCUCUUCAACCUGGUCAUCGCCGACUUCCUGGCUCUGGUGAGUCUGCCGCUGAGGAUCGAUGCCUUGCUCAGGGGCCACUGGGUGUUUGGAGACGGCAUGUGCCGGAUCAACCUCUUCCUGAUGUUUUCUAACCGCUCGGCCAGCAUCGCACUCAUGACUGUGGUGGCAAUUUACCGCUACUUUAAGGUGGUUCACCCUCACCACCGGUUCAACCGUAUGAGCAAGCAGCAGGCUGUGUUCGUGUCAGCGUUUGUCUGGCUGCUGGUGAUCAGUCCUCGGGUUCCCAUGCUGGCUUACAACCACAUCAAGGGCAGCGGCAACCGCACCCAGUGCUUCUUCUUCACGUCUUACAAAGAGGCGUCGCGGGCCAUCAUCAUCCUGGUCGGCAUGCACCGGAUCCUGACCGUGCUGGAGUUCAUCAUCCCGAUGGCCAUGCUGCUGUUCUGCUCCAUCCGGAUCUCCAGCUUCCUGAAGAAGCGACAGAUGGGAAAAGCAGACAAGGUGCGAAAGGCGAUGCGAGUGUGCGCCAUCAUCGUUGCAGUGUUCAUGGUGUGCUUCCUGCCCACCACGGUGACGACCAUCGGGGUGUGGGCCAUCCGCUCGUACCGCCCGUGGGACUGCGCCUCCUUCUACACCUUCACCCAGCUCACUAUCGUGUCUUUAGGGCUGAACUUCCUGAACUCGGCCAUGGACCCCAUCGUCUACGUCUUCUCCAGCUCCAUGUUCAGGAAGGCCCUCUGCAGCUCGCUGCCCCGCGCCCUGCGCUGCGGACAGGACGCAGGCGACGGCGAGAACACGGCGUCCUCGUCGGGAAAUCAGUCGACCACCCAGCAGGAACUGAAAUCCCUGAGGGCUGACAGAGGGAGUGAAGCCAAGUAACCAGCUCUUCCUUUUGUUUCCAUCUGUGAUCUGUGUAAACACAUCAGAACAUCUUCAGUUAUGAUCAAACUUUUAAAUGCAAACUCAAUUACGUGUAACUCAAACUCAUGUGGCUGAAGAAAUUACACAUGUGGAUUUUAAUUGUAUGUAUCUAUUGAUCCUCUUAAACUCUUGACUUGCCCCUGAAGUUGGGAAAUUUAAAAAGAAAUCCACACUGUCUGACAGUAUGACGCACGCUGUAAGUCAGUGUUACAUGGCUCCACUAGUCCUUGAACUUGAGAUAUUCUAGAUGCAUUAUUUUGGACACAUUUUCACAUAAUUCCUCCUGAAAUAUUUGGUAUCUUUGGAGACUUUAGAGCAUCUCGUGGGUUUGAGCUGUGAGUCCAGCAGAGUUUCAGAGGUUAAACAAGGCCAGACUCAUGGAGACGAUGGCCAAAGAAGCUGCACUAAACCAGCAACAAACAGCCUUUUUAGGCUCCCUGAUCACAGAAAAGCCUGAAUGUCAAACUGUAAUCAAACUGUAAUUAUCUUCUGUUUUGUUCCACACUUUACUUAUAAAUGCUCGUCUGCUCAUGAGUUCACUGUGGAUGGUGAUGGAUAAUGUGCACCAUCUAGUGGACAGAUCAUCAACUGCAUCAGCUGAUCACUGAUUUUUACACGUUGGACCAGUUUGUAGUGACCUGCGGAAGACGCCUUAUGAAGCUUUCCUUUCCAUUUGUGCCGAAAACAGAUUUGAAGCUUGGGGGCUUCGCAGCAGCACAGUGACAUGUGGUGGCUUGUAAAACUUACAGCCGCCCGUCAAGACCGGAGCCGAGGCUCUACAACACCUCUGUGAUUUGAAAUAUUUUUAGCCUCAUGCGUGAGCAAUCAAAGUCCAAGAAGCCCCUUGUUUUUAUCAGAUCUGUAAUACUCUCGUUCAGAAGUGCUGUAUUAAAUGUAGAUGUUAUUGUGCAACAUGUUACAGUAAUGAAUAAAUGCGUUGUCUACAAAA